AUGGCUGGUUCAUCGAGAAAAAGUCUAUCUUUCUCUGGUCAUUCAUUUCAAGGGAGAAAGAAAGCUUUUGAAAACAACGAAAAUGGUGACCUUCCUCCACGAAGAUCUCUCACAUCUUCUCGUUCUUCAAUAAGCUUGAGUGGUGAAAGAAGUGGAGAGAGAACUGUAAAGAGAUUAAGGUUGUGUAAGGCUCUUACUGUACCUGAUAGCACAACUUUAUAUGAAGCUUGCCGAAGGAUGGCUUCACGUCGCGUUGAUGCUUUAUUGUUGACUGAUUCUAAUGCAUUACUUUGUGGGAUCUUAACAGACAGGGAUAUAGCAACAAGAGUGAUUGCUAAAGAGCUCAAUCUUGAAGAAACACCAGUAUCUAAAGUUAUGACCAAAAACCCUGUUUUUGUUUUGUCUGAUACUAUGGCUGUGGAAGCUCUUCAAAAGAUGGUGCAAGGGAAAUUUAGACAUUUGCCUGUUGUAGAAAAUGGAGAGGUUAUUGCGCUUUUAGAUAUCGCAAAGUGUUUGUACGAUGCAAUUGCUCGUAUGGAAAGAUCAGUUGAUAAAGGUAAGGCUAUCGCCGCAGCUGUUGAAGGCGUCGAAAAGAACUGGGGCACAUCUAUUGCUGGACCAAAUACGUUUAUGGAGACACUUAGAGAAAGAAUAUUCAAGCCUUCACUUUCAACUAUAAUUCCAGAGAAUACAAAAGUUCUAAAGGUUGGACUUGAAGAGACAAUACUAGAAGUAACCAUGAAGAUGGUGGAAUAUCAAUCUAGCUCAGCUAUGGUGAUGGUUGAGAACAAAUUAGCAGGGAUUCUCACAUCAAAAGACAUAUUGAUGCGGGUGAUAGCACUAAAGCUUCCUCCAGAGACGACUACCGUGGAGAAGGUUAUGACACACAAUCCAGAAUCUGCAACAGUUGAUAUGGCAAUUGUUGACGCCUUGCAUAUCAUGCAUAAUGGAAAAUUUCUUCAUCUUCCUGUAUUAGAUAAUGAUGGAGAUGUUGUAGCUGGCAUUGAUGUAAUCCACAUAACUCAUGCUGCUGUUACCACGGCGGGGAGUACGGCUGGAAUAAAUAACGAGACAGCAAACUCAAUGAUGCAAAAGUUUUGGGAUUCAGCUAUGGCUUUGUCUCCUAACGAAGAUGGAGACGAGACAACAAGGAGUGAAGAAGAAUCAUUGAAGAUGUCUUCUGAGAUUGAAGGGGCAAAAUCAUUUUCAUAUCCCAACACAUUUGCUUUCAAACUCAAAGAUAAAAAAGGACGGAUGCAUAGAUUCAUGUGUGAAACACAGAGUUUGACAACUCUGAUAACUGCAAUACUACAACGGAUGGGGGAUGACAUUGAGCAAGAUAACUUGCCUCAGAUAAUGUACGAAGAUGAAGACAAUGACAAAGUCAUUUUGGCAUCAGAUGGUGAUCUUGGAGCUGCUGUAGAGCACGCCAAAUCAAUAGGCUGGAAGGGCUUGAAAUUACACUUGGAGUACAUAAAAGAGAGAGGGAACAGGAGGGGUUUGAGCUCAGAGGGUAUGGACUACGAGCAAUCAAACUCAUGGGCAGCCGCUUACAAAACAGUUGCAGCCGGGGCUGCUCUUGCCGCUGGACUUGGAGUUUUGGUGUACUUUAAACGCCACUCAAACUAA